AUGGCUUCCACCACCAUCAUAAGUCCUGACAUGCCCACGUCUCCUUUUGACGCGACAUUAACGUUGAUGAUUAACAUACAAGCUCCUGUGGUUGGCUUCUAUUACCUAGGAGCAUGUUCAUUCGGUCUCUGCGUUUUACAAAAGACACAAAUGGUGUCGCAGAAGAGACGGAUAAGCAUAGUGGCUUUCAUGGUCACAAUACUCCUGGCGUACAUUACAGAAGCCCUCUACUACCUUAGCAGGUCGAUAGCCGAUUCCGAAUACGCAGCUCCACAAUUCUUCGCCAUACGGUGCUUGGGAUCGAUGCUUGUCUGGAGCCCUCUGUCUUGCACGUUGUGGGCAAGCAAAUCGCUCCGCUGGCAUGCGUACUUUGGAGUGUUUGUUGUGCAGUUUGCAUUCGAGGCGACGACUUGCUUCAUCACGAUUUCUACAGUGCCAGAACCAUUCUCAGAAAAGUACCCGCCUCUAAUUAUUAACUGCGUGAGGGCUUUGGUCUCACUGCUCCUACUGCUCGAUGCGUUUGUCGUUCUUGUCACCAAACAGACCAAAGUUAGCACAGACUCGGAGCGCCAAUCACUUCUGAACAAGUCAACAAAUAGUUCCCACAUGGACUACAGCGCCAUUCCAUUCGACGGUGAUUCCAGCGACGAUGAGGACGCUCUGCCAGACGAAGACGACAAAGAUUUGAAAGCGCAACAAGCGAAACGGCUCGAAGAAGAGGGUGGCUGGUUCGGCUACUUGAAAGGCUUCGCCGUCUUCCUACCAUAUCUGUUUCCAAAAGACGACUGGAAAGUCAUGGCUUGUCUCGGCAUCCGACUGGUGCACGUGUUGCUGGAGCGUGCCCUCAACUUGCUUACACCUCGACAACUCGGUAUCAUCACUACCGAACUACAGAAAGCGUACGACACAAAGAGUGGUGUCAUCCCAUGGAAAGACAUCGGCCUCUGGGUGCUGUAUUCUUGGAUCAACAGUUAUGCCGGACUGGGAGUCAUCGACGGUAUGGCAAAUCUUGUCAUCUCCAACUCUGCGUAUCGUGGCGUCACCUUGUUAGCUUACGAACAUGUGCUGGGUCUCUCCAUGGACUUUCAUACUUCAAAAGACUCGGGCGAGGUUUUGAAGGCUGUUGAGCAGGCGUCUUCGCUCAACACACUCAUUGAAACACUGCUGUUUAACGUUGCGCCAAUCCUGUUGGACCUCUUCGUCGCGAUGUACUAUGUCACCCAUCUGUUCGACGCGUACAUGGCUUUUAUCGUUUUGUACAUGGGCACAGCCUACAUUGCGAUUGGAUUUUACUUUACUACGCUGUCGCAGCCCAAGAGACGACAUUACGUGGAGAAGCAACGAAGCGAAAGCUCCACAGUCAACGAGACGAUACGCAAUUGGCAAACAGUCGCUUAUUUCAACCGCUUCGCGCAUGAGUGUAAGCGUCAUGCUGAAAACAUUAACGACACCAUUUCGGCACAAUAUCAAUACUACUCCAGAUCCAUGGGUCAACAUGCUGCGCAAAAUCUUCUGACUACCCUUGGUCUCUCUGGUGCCUGCGUCUUCGGCAUGACUCAGAUCGUCACUGGACGGAAGCCAAUUGGUAACUUGGUCACACUGAUCAUGUACUGGCAUACGAUGACUUCGCCACUUUACGCACUUUCCUAUAGCUUCCGGCAAACUACCAGCUCUCUGAUCGAUGCCGAACGCCUGCUUCAGCUACUGAACACCAAGCCCACAGUAGCAGACCAAGAAGGUGCUAAGGAGAUUGUUGUGGUGAAGGGAGAAGUUGAAUUCAAGGAUGUCCACUUCCAUUACGACGAGCGCAAGCCUACCAUCAAGAACGUAAACUUCAAGGCUUCGGGUGGCCAGACCAUCGCCUUUGUGGGUGAAACGGGUGGCGGAAAAUCAACCAUGCUCAAACUUCUCUUCCGCUUCUACGAUAUCACGAGUGGUUCGAUAAUUAUUGAUGGCCAAGACCUGCUCUCAGUGACGCAAGAUAGUCUACGAGAUGCCCUAGGCGUCGUACCUCAAGAUCCUGAUUUGUUUAAUCAAAGCAUACGACAAAACAUCCGCUACUCUAAACUCGAUGCCACCGACGCCGAAAUCGAAGAUGCAUGCCGCGCUGCUGCCAUUCACGACGACAUUGUCAGCUUCCCAGAUGGUUAUAACUCCAAAGUGGGUGAGCGCGGGGUACGGUUGUCGGGCGGUCAACUACAACGCAUAGCCAUUGCCCGCGUGCUCCUCAAGAACCCUAAAAUCGUAUUGCUGGACGAAGCAACAUCAGCAAUUGACUCUUCCACCGAAGCACACAUUCAAGAAGCUUUACGAAAACUAACGCAAGGUCGAACAACGUUUGUAAUUGCCCACAGAUUGAGCACGAUUGUAAACGCAGAUCAAAUCUUGGUGAUGAAUAAGGGCGAGAUUGUUGAAAGAGGCACACACCAAGAGCUACUACGGAACGCAGGAGGCGAGUAUACAAAACUGUGGAGGAGAGACGAAUGA